AUGGAGUGCAAACAGUUAAAGGCAUCACCCCACGAAUCUGGAGUUGUGCGGGUUUCAGGAACCAUGGUACAGGACACCAAAGUGGAAGACAUGCGCCUACCUCCGGCGGUUGUUAGCCGUAUCGUAGAUCGUGCUAUCGGUCCAACCGGUUCAGUUUCAAAGGAGGCACGCACAGCUAUCGGUCGAGCUGCAUCCGUAUUCAUUCAUCAGAUGAGCUCUCAUGCUUGUGAGUUCGCAUCGACAAAACGGCGGAAAAUUCUUACUCCGGAGGACAUAUUUCAGGCAUUUCGUGUCAUCGAAUGCGAUCAUCUAACCACUCCACUACAAGAAGCGUUGGAAGCUUGGAAAGCGAACAAGGCUUAUAAGUCGGAAGAAACUAGAAAGCGAAAGGCCGAAAAGAAAGGGACAGAAAAGUCUACAUCAGGGAUAAGUGGAGACGGUUUAUCUUCGUCCUUUACCAUAGCACCGUCCGAAGAGAUGCGUUUUAUUGAAGACGAAGAAGAGUAUUAA